AUGGAAAAAAAGCUAGUGAGGAAAAUGAGUGCAAGAUUCAUGCCAAUGGUGUGUGCACUCUUUUUCAUUCAGUUCAUCGAUAAAUCUAUUUUGACCGCUGUUGGUAUCAUUCCUCGAUUCUACACUGAUACUAAGAUUAAUCACGACCAAUAUGGUUGGUUAGGCUCUAUCUUCUCGUUGGGGUAUCUGUGUAUGCAAAUACCAAAUAAUUAUCUCAUGCAAAAGCUUCCUAUAUCCAAAUACCUCGGAACUGUGCUAUUUUCCUGGGGGAUUGUCCUCUUCUGUAUGGCGCUUUCCCAUAACUUUGCUCAGCUUGCUGCCCUUCGCUUCUUACUUGGUUUCUUUGAGGCUGUAUCAUAUCCAUGCAUCUUCUUAUUGAUCGCUACUAUGUAUCGCAGGUCUGAGCAAGUGAUCUUCAUUGGUCUUAGCUAUGUCAGUAAUUCAGUAGCAAUUGUUCUCGGUUCACUCAUUUCCUUGGGUAUAUUACACAUGCCAACACGCGGUGAAUGGUCUGCUUGGAAAUUCUAUUUCGUUAUUUUCGGCUCCAUCACCAUCAUUAUGGGCGUCAUCUACUUCUUCUUACUACCUGAUAAUCCAAAAUCACGCUGGUUCAAACUUACAGAAGAAGAAGUAGCAAUUGUCGAUGAAAGAACCCGCGACAAUGCAGUUGUGCGUAAUAAGCGCUUCGAGAUCAGCCAUGUUUGGGAAGCCAUUAGAGAGCUACGACUUUAUUUAUACUGCCUCAUUUCCAUUUGCAUCAAUUUACAAAAUGGCGGUAUCAACUUAUUCGCUAACAUUAUUAUAACCGAAAUGGGCUUUUCCAACGUGAAUGCAAUCUUGCUUCACUUACCAGGCGGUGUCAUUCUUAUUUUAAUGAUUCUUUUGACAAUCUAUCUUAGCAAAAGGCUCAAAGAUAUUUGUUAUAUCGCCAUUGGGGCUACUGUUGUUUCUUUAGUUGGUUUGAUAUGCUUAGUAGCUAUCCCAGCUGGCGGUAGUAAGCUUGUAGGAUUAUAUCUCAGUGGUGCAGGUACACCUGUCUAUGUCUUGAUGCAAACGUCGAUUUCGAAUAACGUCUCUGGUUAUACCAAGAAAAUCUUCUAUACCAGUUGUGCAAUUAUCUUUAGUACUUUCGGCAACUUUACAGGUCCUCUUCUUUUACGUUCGCAAGACGAACCUCGCUAUAUUAUGGGCUUAUCUGUUUAUGCAGCAGCAAAUGCUGUUGUCGUUAUCUGCUUUAUAUUAAUUCGAUUUAGUUAUGCAAGAGAGAAUAAGAGACGCAUGUUGAACAAAGCUGCUGAUGCUGUAGCUUUACCAGACGACUUCAAAGACUUGACAGAUAAGCAAAACCAGCAUUUCAUCUACAGAACUUAA